AUGACGAACAAAAACAAGCUAUUGCUCUUCCUUUGCACUCAAUUGAUAUCUCUCACAGCUUUGUUUAUUGAAUUGUGCGGUUUGAUUUUGCUUCACAAAUUGAACGAAAAGCGGCAACAUGAAGUAAUUUGUGGAGCUAAUCUUCAAAGGCAGAGCUAUUUCCUUAAUAGACUGAAGAGAUUGAAAGAAAGAAGAAUACGACGUGCCAAGCGAAGUUGCUGGUUCAAGCCUGGCCGUACUGAUCAAUGGUGGCAAAACAUGCUGUAUGGUAUAGCCCCCCAGGAGACAUGGAAAAAGAACUUUCGAAUGUCCAAGGAAGCCUUUACAGAACUAACCGAAGUGUUGCAUCAAUCAAUUGCUCCAAAUCUAAAUGGUCCAAACAAAAGGGCUAUAAGUGCCGAAAAGAAAUUAGCAGUUACGUUAUACUUCUUGAAAGACAGCGGUUCUCUACGUAUGACGGCGAAUGCUUUUGGUAUUGGAUUAAAUACAACAUCAGACAUAGUAUUUGAAACAUGCAAAGCUAUUGUAACAUUGCUAGGCCCUAGUUAUGUAUAUCUUCCAAAAAACAUAGAUGAGAUGAGAAUGAAAGUAGCAGAGUUUGAGUGUAAAUUUGGCAUGCAACAAGCAUUUGGUUGCAUUGAUGGCACACACAUACCAAUCAUUUGCCCAUCAAACAAUCCACAAGACUAUCAUAAUUACAAUGGUUUUCAUUCUUUGAACGUCCAAGCAGUAUGUGACUACAGAGGAACAUUCAUGGAUGUUGAAUGUCGCUGGCCAGGCAGUGUUCAUGAUGCCAAAGUGUUUGCCAAUUCAUCAAUAAAUGACAAACUACGAAAAGGAAAAUUGCCAGCAGUCUUUCAAUCAGUUUUGCAAGGGUAUGAGAAAGUUCCGAAUUAUCUAAUUGGUGACCCAGCCUACUCACUAACCCCCUUUUGUAUGAAGGAAUAUGAUUCAUGUGAAAAUAAUGAGCAAGUCAUUUUCAACAAUUUGUUAAGAUCAGCUAGGAAUCCUAUUGAAUGUGCUUUUGGCCGCCUGAAAGCACGAUGGGCAGUUUUAACAAAAAAGGUUGACCUUAAAUUAGAAAAGGUACCAAUAUUAGUUUAUGCUUGCUCAUAA